AUUGCUAAUAGUUUGUUGGGUCUGACCCUUAGUAUUAAUUUCAGCACGUUGAGACGAAAACCCACGCGACUAGAGCUAAAGCUUGAUGACAUUGAAGAAUUUGAGAGCAUUCGAAAGGAUCUGGAGACCCGUAAAAAACAGAAGGAAGAUGUGGAAGUUGUAGGAAGCAGUGAUGGAGAAGGAGCCAUUGGGCUCAGCAGUGACCCCAAGAGCCGGGAACAAAUGAUUAAUGGUCGAAUUGGUUAUAAACCCCAGCCCAAGCCCAGCAAUCACUCCUCUCAAUUUGGAAGUUUUGAAUUUUAGAGACGGAUUAUUUCG